GAGAGAGAGAUCAAAUGUAAAAUAAUAUCCUUAGCAAGAGCCGCGAUGGAAUUUUCUUUCUAAUUUUAAUUUCUAAAGUCAGCCGUUGAUUCAUUCAUCUCUCCGCAAACAUCUCUUCAUCUUUCUAUAUCUGUCCCCAAAUCCUCUCUCACAUAAGGUCAUUAUUCUUAACUGAUUCCAUUUAUUUCACCGCCAAUUACUCAGUGCCGCUACUUUUCCGUUGUAAGUGUUCUCACCUCGAUGUUUGGUUGAUCUGCCGAAAUAAAUCGAUAAAUCGCUGGAAAUUGAUUUUGGUAUUCCGGAGCAAUGGUGUUUCAUAGGGGUGCUUCUCUGUUGACGAAGCUACGGUCGCGCGCUGUCCAACAGCCAGGUCUCCGCAAUUCUGUCCGCUGGUUCCAAGUCCAGACAUCAUCCGAGGACCUACAUUCCCAGCUGAAGGAAUUGAUUCCUGAACAACAGGAACGCCUGAAGAAGCUUAGAUCAGAACAUGGUAAAGUUCAGCUGGGAAAUAUUACUGUUGAUAUGGUACUUGGUGGAAUGAGAGGAAUGACAGGACUAUUGUGGGAGACUUCAUUACUUGAUGCAGAAGAGGGAAUUCGCUUCAGGGGUUUGUCUAUUCCUGAAUGUCAGAAAUUAUUACCUGCAGCCAAGUCUGGAGGAGAACCGUUACCUGAAGGCCUCCUUUGGCUCCUUUUAACAGGAAAGGUGCCAACAAAGGAGCAAGUGGAUUCAUUAUCCAAGGAACUAAGAAAUCGUGCUACUGUCCCAGAUCACGUGUAUAAAACUAUUGAUGCCCUACCUGUUGACGCUCAUCCAAUGACUCAAUUUGCGACUGGUGUUAUGGCUCUUCAGGUCCAAAGUGAAUUCCAGAAGGCAUAUGAGAAAGGGAUCCAUAAGUCUAAGUACUGGGAACCAACAUAUGAGGACUCCCUUAGUUUGAUUGCUCAACUUCCGAUUGUCGCUUCAUAUAUCUACCGCAGGAUGUACAAGAAUGGGCAAGUUAUACCAAUGGACGACUCUUUAGAUUAUGGAGGGAAUUUCGCACAUAUGCUGGGUUUUGAUGAUCCUGCCAUGCAAGAGCUUAUGAGGCUUUAUGUGACCAUCCAUAGUGAUCAUGAAGGUGGGAAUGUCAGUGCCCAUACUGGUCAUCUGGUUGCUAGCGCCCUUUCUGAUCCUUAUCUCUCAUUUGCUGCUGCAUUAAAUGGACUAGCUGGUCCACUUCAUGGCUUGGCUAAUCAGGAAGUCUUGCUAUGGAUUAAAUCGGUGGUAGAAGAAUGUGGGGAAAAUGUUAGCAAAGAAGAUUUGAAAAAAUAUGUCUGGAAAACAUUGAAUAGUGGCAAGGUUGUUCCUGGAUAUGGGCAUGGAGUUUUGCGCAAUACUGAUCCAAGAUACACAUGCCAGAGAGAAUUUGCUCUCAAGCACAUGCCAGAGGAUCCACUGUUUAAACUAGUAACUGCUUUAGCCUUGAUAAAUAUAGGUGUACAUUCAGACUCAGUUAUUCUGAUAUGUCUGCUGCAGGUUUCAAAUCUUUAUGAGGUAGUGCCCCCAAUACUAUUGGAACUUGGAAAGGUGAAGAACCCAUGGCCAAAUGUAGAUGCCCACAGUGGAGUAUUGCUCAAUUAUUACGGUUUAACAGAAGCAAGAUACUACACCGUUCUUUUUGGCGUAUCAAGAGCUAUUGGCAUUUGCGCUCAGCUAAUUUGGGACCGAGCUCUUGGACUGCCACUAGAGAGGCCAAAGAGUGUUACGAUGGAAUGGCUCGAAAAGCAUUGUAAGAAAUGAGCUUGAGUUCAAGUUCUCCUGACAGUAGAAGGCGUGGUAAUAAAUUUUUAGAAUAAUGAUUGCUUGAGAAAAAGCAUUUGGGAAUAAAAUGAAGGUUGGCGAGUUGUAUUAUCCGUUUUCUUGUUUGAUUACAUUGCUUGUAACUUCUAUUCCCAAGUUUUGUAUGCACUAUAAUGUAACUUUUAUUAUUGGUUUGAAUUUAACAUCCAAGAAUGUUACA